GUAUGAUUUUGCCUCCGUCGAUCGGAAGAAAAUCCGAAUAAACAAAUAAAAUUGGGCCUCUGCGGCGCAACCUCACACAUUCGACAUUCCAGUAGGCUCAACCCCGCUGUUUCUGGCCAUGGCUAGUGCGACGUGGCUCCACACAUUUUCUUUACGUCACGCUCUCCGUCCCCGAUCCACGUUCUCCUACGCGUACGGAUCCUCCUUGCGUCCACUAGGUCCGGUCCACGUGCAAGCCAAGCGAGGCUCUGCAUUGAAAGACGAGGACGUAGCUUCUAGCGAUAAUCUUCGCUUUGAAGCGCCGCUCAAAAUAGUGGAAUAUCCAGACCCUGUACUGAGAGCGAAGAACAAGCGAAUCGAUUCUUUCGAUGAUAAUUUGAAGAAGCUUGUCGACGAAAUGUUCGACGUAAUGUACAAAACUGAUGGUAUUGGGCUCGCAGCGCCCCAAGUAGGAAUUAAUGUUCGACUCAUGGUGUUUAAUCCUGUCGGGGAACGUGGUGAGGGGGAGGAAAUUGUUCUUGUAAAUCCAAGAGUAAAUAAAUAUUCAAAGAAAGUGGUGCUUUUUAAUGAAGCUUGCCUAUCCUUCCCAGGGAUUUUUGCUGAUGUCAAGAGACCAGAAUCUGUAAAGAUUGAUGCACAGAACAUUAAAGGUGCAAAGUUUUCAGUCAACUUGUCGGGUCUUCCUGCACGGGUUUUCCAGCAUGAGUAUGACCAUUUGCAGGUUUUUUGUUCACUUGUAAGUCAUUCUUCUAAGAUAACUGUGGACUCUGUAGGGUGUUCUAUUCUUUGAUAGAAUGACUGAUGAAGUUCUCGAGAGCAUUCGGGCAGAGUUACAGGCCCUAGAAAAGAAGUAUGAGGGUAGGACAGGAUUGGCAAGCCCUGAAAAAAUUGAAACCUACAAAAGGAAGAAGGUUGCUGCUGGUUUUGGAAAAUCAUGAACAUGCCAGAUUACUUCAGGUUUGCGUAGUUACAACGGAAACUGAUAACUUGGUUUUUUUUUUCCUUCUGUUUUAGUUCAUUUUAUUGUUAUUUUACUUGUUUUUCAUUUAGGAUAGCUGUGUAUUAGUCAUGAUGGUGGAUGAAUUAUACACAAGUUAGCGAGAGAUAAACCAGUGCAGGGCAGGCUGUCGCUGCAUGCAAAAAUAUACAAGUUUGUUUGCUCUAAUAUGUUCCUCGUAUGUUUUUAAUAUAGUACUGUAGAAUUGGUUGAUUAUGAUUGGAUCAUCAACUUCAGAAACUUGAAUGUUUGAGAUCAUGAUUCCUACUGAACCUGAGCCUCCCUGCAGUGGGAAACUAUGACAUUUAAACAAAUGCUGUUCUUUAUUCUGAAUUUUGCUGUCCCCGAUCACAUCAACUAAUGUGUUGAGCGACUUAAAAUAUUUCAUAUUAAUUUAUGUGAGUAAAAA